CAAGUGACUGAUGUCCUUAUAUGCGGCCCGGGAGUGUGAAUAACGAGUCCUGCGGUGCGGAAUAUAAACCUUGUGGUAAGAAUUAUGUCUAGAGGUGAUUGAGAUAUUUGAUCAAGUUAGCGCUGAUGAGUGACAACGAGGAAGCGGCGGCGUGUGGCGAGGAGGAGGAGGAGGAGCUAGAGGAGCCGGAGAGACCCGUGGCCUGGACGUCUGGCUGGGACGAGGAGAGCAACGACGUGGAGUCCGACCCUGACCCCCACGCAACACCCGAGCGUGAAAUCCUGUGGGCCUGUGAGAACGGCAAGCAGAGUGUUGUUGAGAAGAUCUUGCAGCAGCAUCCUGAAGCUGUAGGUGCAACUGACAGCGAUGGGUACACUCCGUUGCAUCGGGCUGCAUACAGUGAUUUCCCAGAGAUUGUUAAGCUUCUUCUGAGUGCCGGUGCUUCAGUGUCUGCAAAAACAGUGGAUGGCUGGACAGCUCUUCACUCAGCCUGCCGUUGGAAUCACCACGAUUGUGCCGUGAUUUUAAUUGACGGUGGGAGUGAUGUUAAUGCUGUUACCAACAGUGGCCAGACACCUCUUCAUGUUGCUGCUGUUAACCCUCAGGCACACGAAACUUUGCAGCUGUUAUUGAUGAAUCGCAUUAUUAAGCCACUCAUGACUAAUAGCAAUGGCGAGACUGCAAAAGAUCUGGCAAUGAGGAGUGGACCGUAUGGACAUUUAUUCGAGGUUACUGAUCCUGUCUUGAAUGUUUGUGAAGAUCAAGAAUGAAAAAGAAAAUUUCAAGCAUU